AUGUGGUGGAGAUGGUGUGGUGCGCCCAAGAGAAGGAGACGACGCAACAAGAAGGUCAAGAUCACACACGCACACAUACACAUUCGUGAUUCACGACUGUCGAAAUCGUCGCUUGGUCUUCCAACCUCCACGAGACAAAUCACGAAUGAAAUCAAACACAGCACAGCACAGCACAAAACACGGCGCAGCCGAAAAUCGGCAGCAAUUCAGUUCUGCGAGGACAAAGUUUUCGUGCCUGACCGAUGGAUCGAAAAAAUCGAAAUCAAGUUUGCGAUUUCCAUGGAACACACACAAUCAUCGCACCACACGGCGAUAAGAAACACAAAUGCUAUUCCCCAACCACUUGGUGUGAUCCAGACCAGGAAGGAGCAAGGCGAUCCUUCUGGUCAGCUCCGCAGCCGCUCGCAUGACAACAUUGUGCACUUACAGACACAGGACCCACUGACGCUGCAGGGCGAGUCCAAAUCGGCGUCUUUGGUUCAGAGAAGUACAUCAUCCUCAGCUUCCUUCACCAUUCAGAGCGGACUCAGCACAAGUUGGUUUCAAGUCAAGGAUCGUCGCACACCUGAGUCGACGUCAUGCACCUCAACACCGUCCGCUUAG